AUGGAAUUGUCUAUUAAAAAACUGUCUACUCUAUUGAAGUAUGCAUUAAUACAUUAUUGAAAUUGGGAACAACUCUAUAUUUUAUUACUUAUUUUUACAGCAUUCUUAGCGAAGAAAAUGUUGAAAAUCAACCACUUGAAUAUCUUGUUUUCCAACUACAUCAUAAUUUCAAACGAGAAGAGAACUAUAAAAGUAACUAUUAUAUUCAAUCUAGCUAACUAUAAAGUUAAUUAAUUAAUUAAUUCAAACUUAAUGUAAAAUUUGCCCACUUAAUUAAAUUAUCUACUCAACUAAAUUAAAAAUCUACAAUGGAAAUUAAAACUUUUAAUUUUAUAAUUUACAAGUUGCUGUCAGUUAAGAUGAUAUUUAAUUUCCUUGUCCUUACAUCUUUGAGUGUUUUUCAGUUAAAGGAGCCCAAGACACAAAAAUAAGUUUAUUUUUAAUUUAAAAGACUGUUCAAUUCUAAUUAUAAUGGUAUAGGUUUAACGUUUUUACUCACAUUAUUUAAUGAGUUAUGAUUUUAUGAAAAAUUGAAAAAAGACUUGUGACAUCAUUGGCUCACAGAAAUUUCCUAUUCUUUACAUUUUUUACCUAUCUUUGAAAUAUAUUUUCUAAUUUUUGUUGUAUAUAUGUGGUGUGUUUUUAUGUACUGAAAACUCUGUAACUACAGUAGUACAAUUAGGUAUUGGUUUGUAUUUAGCACAUAUUCAAUUGAAUAAUAUUUAUUUUUAGUUGAUAUUUACUAACAUUAUAUUGAAAUGUUGAUACUUCUAGUCUUUAGCACAAAAAAUCACAAAUUUAUACAUAAAUCAAACAUUAAAAAUAAAAUGUUUAGGUUUAUGAAUCAUUGUUUAAAUUCAUUCAUUUUUACAUGCAAAAGAUAGGUGAUUAUUCUAGAUAUCCUAAUAUCUCCUUAAAUACUUUUUUUUAAUAUUGGAGUUGUAUGUUAUUCAGUUGGAAAUAUUUUUAGAGAUUUUGAGAGAAAUUUUAAUAUAACUUAUAUUUGAUAUUUCCCUACAGUCAAAACAUUUUUGCCAUUUUUGAGCUUUCAUAGGCAAUUUAUAUAUUCUAGUUUUUUAUAUAAUUUUGAUUUAGUAGGUAUUAUGUGGAUAUAGUUGUUUUACCAAACAGAAAUGCUUAAAAAUUGAACUUAAGGUCCAUUAUUAGUUGCACUUGGAGGUCAAAGAAAAAAAAUCCAAGUACAUUGUAGUACUUAAUUUUUAGAAUGAUUUUUGGAUCAAAUUUUGAUAAAAAUAUUAAAUAUUAUGGCUUAAUAUUAAGUAUUAUUUUUUAAAUCAUGCACAAAAAACAUUGUUAGCAAUAGUUUAUUGUUUCUUAGAUAUAAUAUAUAGAAAUUAAAUAACUUUGUAUACUCUACCUUACCAACUUCUGACCUUCAACUAUGGCAUACAUAUCAGCAAUAUCGGCUAUUUUUUAUUAGUUAUUAAUAAAUUAUUUUAUUUUUUUAAAUUUAAUCAUUAUUAAAUAUACAUAUUAAUCUUAAAGAUAUAGAAAAUAUACCUAUUAUAGUUAUUAUAUCCCAUAUGCAUUAUAGUUGGGUGUACUUUACUCUUGCUGAUUCAACAUUCUGACUUCUUGCUCAAUCAGAUACAAAAACUUGCUGCUAUAGUAUUAUGUUAUGAACUGUAUCGAAAUAUUCCAAUUACUACUAAUCCAUUAGCACCGCUUUUUAUGCUUCUUUUGGUAAUGUAUUUAUUUUAUUUAAGUUGUUAAUGCUUAUAAUUAUUGAUUAAUUCUACAAUUUAUACCUAUAUGUUUUUACAGCACAAGAAAACUGGAAAAAAAGAAUAUGUUGGAGAUUUGCCAGUUUUAAGUAUGCCUGUAAAAAUAUUUCUCUCGGACUUAAUUACAUCACAAAAUUCUAAAGAGUUGUUACGAAAAUCUGCUAGGCAAGUGUUAACAGCACAAAAUGAUCCCAGCAAAUCUAUCGCUAAUACUGCAACAAUUCUAAAUACUAUAAUCAAACAUCGAAAAAAUCUUCCUCGGACAGCAAAAAGUUCACUUUCAGUUAUCAUAUCUGAUCCUCAAACAUCUGAGUAUAGUCUUAAAAAACAUUAGCUUUUAAAAUUACAUACAUGACACUAUUAACAUCUAAAUAUGUAUUAUGUUUGUAUAUUAUAGAAGCACAGAAGAAGCAAAACAAAUUUUAGGUGAGCUUAUUAAAGGACCUAAAUCUUCUGUUUUACUAAAUUUUAAACCAGAAAUAGUGAGACUUGUACCACCACUAUAUGUCUGCAAACAAGAAGUAAGUAUUAAAUAAUAUACAUGAUCUUAAAAAUUAAAUACUACUACUAUUUCCCCUCAAAUUAUGGAAACUAGAAAAAAUAAAUUAUAUAAGUGUUACCAUAGUAAUUAAAAAUCAAUUACUAUAGACUCUUAAGCAGUGUUUCCAACCUGGGAGGUUGAGAAGCAGACCUUAUUUAGAUAGGGGCGAUUUAAUUUUUUUAUAAAGAUUGUAAAGAUCCAAAUAUUAUAUUAUUGGAAUCAUUUUGUUAAUGACCUUGAUGGCCUUUUUAAAUUUGCUCAUCAUGUUUAAGAGUGGAGGCGAGAUUUUGUUAAAAUGUACAAAGAUUGAAGAAUAAAAGAGGUUAGGAUUCACUGCUCUUAAGUAACAAAGUUAAUUUUUAACUGUUAGAAAAAGGUUGACCAGGAACUAGUAACCUUUAAAACAAUUGCAUAUAUUCAUGUAUCCUAAUCACAUAAUCCAGAUUAUUCAAUUAUAUUUGGAUAGUUUUUAUAUUCAAAUAUGGAACUUAUAAAUAAUUAUUGAUUUAUUGAUAAUAAUUAGAAACUGAAUUUAUAUUCUCUUAUAAUCCACAAAACGAUGCUUAAAAACUUCAAAAAAAAAAAAAAUAUUUGAAAAAGUAAAAAUUAUAAGGGCUAAAACUCCCCAUCCAAGAGAUUUAACUUAUUAAAUAGAAUUCCCUAAUACUACAAAUAUGGUUAAAUCAAAAUAAUUUCUUUUAAAUAAAAUUGUACAUUUAAAAAAAAAAAUAUUCAUUUAUAAUUUUUGUGUUUAAAAAAAUUUAUUAUAGUUGAAUCUUUUAGAGGGAGACUUUCAAACCCCACUAUAUUUAUUUUUAAAUUAAUUAAUUUGACAAAAUAUUAUGGUCAAUAUAGUUUUUUUUGCUUUAAAAUGUAAUUAAUUAUAGAUUUAAGAAAUUUUUAUGUAUAAUAAUAUAUAUUUUUAUUAACAUUCUACAAUUAAUAAUUCAAUCUAAAAUAGUUUUUUGUACAUUUUAAAACUGAUUAAAAUUAAUCAUAUGUUUAUUAGUUUUGUAGCGAAUUAUAUAAAUAGUGUGUGUAUAUUAAUACUUUUUAUUGUAAUUUAAUACUUGUAUAGAUGGUUUGGUUAAAUAUGAGCUGCAGAUCAAAUCACAAGAUUCUCUAUGAUAAAACAAUGUGUGUUCCUACCAGUGCUGUUACUGAAGCACGAGAAAUUAUGAUUAAAGCUCUGAAAGCACCAAUUACUUUACAGCAACAACAGCAUCUUUUAGCUGAACUUGGAAAGGAUCCAAAAUUAGUUUACCUCAUAGAUUUGACACCUUGUAAAGUAAGUUGUUAUCUACAGAUUUGGUACUCAUUAAUAUUUAUUUUAUUUUUAGUUACCAGACUUGGUCGAAAAUAAUCCUUUAAUAGCUAUUGAAGUAUUAUUAAAACUAGUGCAGUCCCAUUUAAUAACUGAAUACUUCUCUGCCCUUGUAAAUAUGGAAAUGUCUUUACAUUCAUUGGAAGUAGUGAAUCGGUAUGUUUUUUUUUAAAAAAAAAAAUAAUAUUAACUUUUAUUUAUCAAUUUGGGAAUAAUAAAGUGUUACUGUUGUAUUAGAUUAACUGCUUUUGUUGAUCUUCCAAUUGAAUUUGUACAUUUAUACAUCUCCAAUUGUAUCGUAGCCUGCGAGUCUAUUAAAGAUAAAUGUCUUCAAUAUCGCCUUGUCCGUUUAUUGUGUGUUUUCUUACAAUCUCUUAUUAAAAACAGAAUAAUUAAUGUACAGGUAAAUUAUUUGUAUAAUAGUUAUUACUUUAUUUAAAUAAAAUUUUAAAUAUUUAAUUUUAGUUAAUCAAUUUAUGUGCCACUUAUAGGAAUUAUUAAUCAUUGAAAUUCAAGCCUUUUGCAUUGAAUUCAUUCAGAUCCGAGAAGCAUUAGCUUUGUUUCGCCUCAUAAAACAAUUAGAAACUGGAUAUUCUUACAGUAUUUUUAAUAUGGCUACUAUUUCUGGCAUUACAGCUAGUACAAUUGUUGCUACUAAGGAUACCAAUAAAGAAACAAUUGUACAAAAAGAAAAUUAA